AUGUUCCGCGAUGAGAGCAAGGAAGUAGUGCGAAAAGCGGCAGGGUCCAAGAAGCCCCGGGCGCCUCGCACUGUAUCCCCAGAAGGGGAGACGGGGAAUGCUGUGGUGGAGCCGGUGUUCGAUUUCAAUCUUCUCCAACGAUUGGGGAGUCGCCCGGUGGAAGUUCAGCCAUCGCAGGAUGUGGAGACGACCAAGUAUGAGGCGAUUUGUUAUUUUAUGCGGUCGAACGCAAUUCCCGGUUCAUUUUGGACUAGCGAUUUGGUCUCAAAGUUCCUCUUGCAGUCUGGGGGUCCGACGAGUCAAAGAGCCAUGCAGGCCAGUGUGGUUGCUACUGCGACCGCUAUGCUUUCCCGUGUCCGGGGCUUGCCUUCGUUGAGGGAGGUGGCCCACAAGGAGUAUGGAUCCGCUUUGAGAUUGUUAAAUACCGCUUUAACCGAUAUGGAUCAAGCGAAGACGAAUCAGACUCUGGGCACCGUCGUGCUGCUUGCCAUUUAUGAAGUUGUUACGUCAAGGUCUGCAGAAGAUAUCGAUAGUUGGACAAAUCAUAUCAAUGGUGCAACGGCAUUGCUUGACAUACGAGGAAUUGACCAGCUCAAGACUGAUGCUGGCCUGAAAUUGUUCUUGCAUCUGCGAUAUCAGAUUAUCAUUAGCUGUCUACAAAGAGAUGCCCGAGUCCCGGAGUCACUCUUCGAAUGUACCAAAAUCACCAUGUUUCUCCGCCCUGCAGAAGCACAUGGCAACCGCCUCAUCCUCAUAAUUGGCAAGCUUUCCAACCUGCGCGCCGACAUAAGAACCAAAGAAUUCAGAAACGAACGAGAAAUCAUCUCAGCAGCCUCGGCCAUCGAAGCCGACCUCAUUGCAUGGCUAGCAUCUCUCCCCCCCGAAUUCAACUACACAAGCUGCACCAAAUCCCCCUUUGACUUCUCAUUCCAACACCGAUUUGGAGGGCUAUCACCCUAUGACGACCAAUACCACAUAUACCCAACUCUCUGGGUCUGUAAUUCCUGGAAUCAAUACCGCAGCGCACGAAUCAUCGUUAGCGAAAUUAUCCUCUCGCAUAUCCGCCAAAUUUCCACCAACUCAUCAAUAACCUCGCUCUCUGAAGAAUUUCGUCUCCAAUGCAAGGCACUCCGUUCCACAAUCAGACGACUAGCAGUGGACAUCUGCCGCGGCGCACCGUUCCACUUCAACGCACAUGGCGCAGAUCAGUCACCCAACAUUCUUCCGCCGGAGAGCUACAUAGGCGGUCUCGUACUUCUAUGGCCCUUAUUUGUCGCUGGGAUUGUUGAAAACCCGCGCCACGGUCUUCGCCGUUGGGUUGUGAAAUGUCUCGAGAUGAUUGGCAAUACCAUGGGUCUUGAUCAGGCGCUUGCAGUUGCUGAUAUCAUCUCUGCUGAUCCUGGUAUCUUGCACUCUGUGACUGAAGAGGAGGAUGGGUUUAUUGAGGAGUUGAAUGUGCCGGAUUUGACCAGUCGACUUCCUGUGCCUAUCUAA